UCGCGACUCGCGCCAGUCCAGUGCGCGUCGUCGUACUCGAUUUACCUGUUUAUAGUCAUCUAAUGUCCUGAUGUGAUAAAUGAACGAUACCAUUAAAACACAUCGCGCAGCCAUGAUUACCAAAACUUCAUUAUAAAUACGGUGUUUCAAUAGUAGUUUAAGUGAUGACUUCGAGUAAACGUGAAUGAAUUACACGCGGUUAAACAACCGGUUGAAAUAGGGAGGCUGCGUCUGCCCCGCGCCCGGCUGUAGUGGAAUGCGGCAAUUUUAACUACUGCGGACCUCGGGGCCCAUAUAAGCACUGGGAUUGAUCGGCUAUUUCAUACAAAAAUAAGGUGAUGCACCGAGAAUGAGUCGCCGCGCGCGGCCGUGACAUGGGAGCGCAGGCAUGGGCUGGCGCGCCGAGCAACCGCCGCACAUCGCCGCCGGCCUGCUCCUCUUGCUGCUAGUCAACCUGCCGGUAACUUGCCACCAAGACCACCAAGAUGCUGUCCACAUCACAGCUAUUCUCGGAGAGAGCGUCGUGUUCAAUUGCCAGGUGGACUUCCCCGAAGACAUCCCCGUGCCGUACGUCUUGCAGUGGGAGAAGAAGGUAGGCGAAACGGGUCAGGACAUCCCCAUAUACAUCUGGUAUGAGAGCUACCCGACCCACAGUGGAGAAGGCUAUGAAGGCAGAGUCUCGCGAGUCGCUCCGGAUUCGCCGUACGGCGCCGCUAGCCUCAACGUCACCAAUAUUAAAGAAUCUGAUCAGGGAUGGUACGAGUGUAAGGUUGUGUUUCUCAAUCGCUCACCCAAUCAACACAAGAAUGGGACUUGGUUCCACCUCGACGUGCACGCGCCGCCUCGCUUCUCCAUCACACCGGAAGACAUUAUAUACGUCAAUUUAGGGGAUGCUAUUAUUCUUAACUGCCAAGCGGAGGGCACACCAACGCCUGAGAUACUAUGGUUCAAAGACGCGAACCCAGUGGAGCCGUCUGGUACGGUGGGCAUAUUUAACGACGGCACGGAACUUCGAAUAAGCAAUAUCCGACACGAAGACAUCGGCGAUUAUACUUGUAUAGCGAGGAAUGGUGAGGGGCAGGUUUCACACACCGCACGAGUUAUCAUCGCCGGUGGAGCCGUCAUUACGAUGCCGCCAACAAAUCAGACUAAGUUAGAGGGAGAGAAAGUUCAGUUUUCAUGCGAAGCAAAAGCUUUGCCUGGAAAUGUGACGGUGAAAUGGUUCCGCGAGGGGGCGCCGGUGGCAGAGGUCGCAGCCCUGGAGACGAGAGUCACGAUACGCAGAGAUGGAGCGCUAGUUAUUAACCCUGUAGCGGCGGACGACUCUGGGCAAUAUUUGUGCGAAGUUUCCAACGGCAUUGGUGAUCCGCAAAGUGCUUCCGCCUACUUGAAUGUUGAAUAUCCCGCCAAAGUAACAUUUACGCCUACUGUACAAUACCUCCCGUUCCGCUUGGCGGGCGUAGUGCAAUGUUAUAUAAAAGCGAACCCACCGCUUCAGUACGUAACUUGGACAAAGGACAAGAGACUGUUGGAACCUUAUCAAACAAAGGACAUUGUGAUUAUGAACAACGGCUCGUUGCUGUUCACGCGCGUCAACCAGAAUCAUCAGGGCCGGUACACCUGCACGCCGUAUAAUGCUCAAGGCACGCAAGGAUCCUCGGGUCCAAUGGAGGUAUUAGUUCGUAAACCACCUGUGUUCACAGUAGAGCCGGAGCCUUUAUAUCAAAGAAAGGUGGGCGAGUCGGUGGAGAUGCACUGCGAGGCGCAGGAGGCGGAGGGCACGCAGCGGCCCAGCGUGGUGUGGCGGCGCCGCGACGGGCUGCCGCUGCAGAAGAGCAGAGUGCGCGCGCUGGGCGGGAACAUCACCAUCGACACGCUGCGCCGGCAGGACUUCGGCAUCUACCAGUGCGUCGCUUCCAAUGAGGUUGCAACGAUAGUAGCAGACACGCAGCUCGUGAUCGAGGGCACGCAGCCGCACGCGCCGUACAACGUGUCGGGCACGGCCACCGAGUUCCAGGUCACGCUGCGCUGGCAGCCGGGCUACGCGGGCGGGCCCGACUACAAGCAGGACUACACCAUCUGGUAUAGAGAAGCCGGUUUCUCGGAGUGGACCAAAGUGCCCGUGACGCCAUCCGGAGCCACGUUUGUGACAAUAAAUCGUCUUCAACCGGGAACCACGUACGAAUUUCAAGUUAAUAGCAAAAACACAAUCGGAGAAGGAAUGAUGAGCAAGGCGAUUACGAUAAGAACUCUGGAUGUGGGUGCAAAGCCGAAGGCGGCUCCCACAGUCCCGGGGCCGAUCGACGAAAAGAUAUUUCAGAAAGGACCUGAAGGUUCUGGUCCGAAGUCCGGUCCGCCGCGCAACCUGACGGUGACGGAGGUGAACAACGGGUUCCUCAUCACGUGGCAGGCGCCGCUGGAGCGCGCACACCUCGUGCUGUACUACACCAUCAAGUACCGCACCGACGCGCAGUGGAAGACGCUCAACCGGGGGCAGAUCCGCCCGGAGGAGACCAGCUAUUUAGUAAAGAAUCUAGUGGGAGGUCGAACCUAUUAUUUCCGCGUGCUGGCGAACUCCGCGACCAGCUACGAGAGCUCGGAGGAGGUGAAGUUCCCGGUGCCGGCGCGAGUCAAGCACAAGGCGAUCACGGCGGGCGUGGUGGGCGGCAUAUUGUUUUUCAUAGUUGCCAUAAUACUGUCGGUGUGCGCGGUCAAGAUAUGCAACAAGCGCAAGCGUCGUAAACAAGAGAAAGCAUACAACAUGGUAGCCGCGCGACUCACUGACCUUCGCGCCGCAGACAGCACUCAAGUGCCUUUUAAGAAAUUUAGAGAAAGCGGAAUAUCGAGUCUAGUGCAGUGUUUGCGAUUCACGGUCAACUGGAUCUGGCCGGCGUCCCGCUGCGGCGACUCGGCGCGUUACUGGGGCGGCGCGCGGCGCGAGCCCCGCGUGACGCCCGCGCCCUCCCCCGCCCCCUCCGCCUCCACCUCCACCUCCGACGACGGCGGGUUCCUGCCGCGCCUGCGCGCGCCGCUCAGCCCCGCCGCCGCGCCGCCCCUCUUCCGCGCGUCCUCCCCCACGCUCGCGCUGCACUGGCCCCCCUGGCCGCCCUGGUCCGUCUGGGCUCCCGCCUGGACGCCCUGGUCGCCUCUUCACAUCUCCGACCUGAGCUCGGUGCCGUUUCCGAGCUCGGCGGACGGUUCCUUUCCGACGCCACCCUCUUUCCGAUCACGGCCCCCGCAUAUAUCGGCCCUCGAGCCGUCGCAGCAGCGCUUCUGCACGGGCGUGUUCGCCCGUGCGAGGUCGCGGCCUCUACCACGCCACGGACGGCCUCGACCCAUCGUCGAGACGCCCGCGCCGCCCCCCCACGAGGCCUCGCCCGAGAGCAGAUCGUCCUCUAGCGGUUUCGGGAGCAAAAACGCAUCGUCUUCCCAAAACAACCGGAGCAGCCGCACCGAGAGUCUGGCGGAGUGGCGGCCGCCGCCCUACCGGCCGCCGCCGCCGGCGCCGCCCCCGCGCCCCGGCUCGGGCGAGGCGGCGGACGCGGGGUCGGUGGACGUGCACUACGAGUGGGACCGCGCCACGCGCACGCCCACGCCCUCCACGCCGGAGCGCACGCGGGCGCGCGCCUCCCGCGACGACGUCGAGGCGCGCGUGCGUGCCAUGAAGGAGGAGUUCCUAGAGUUCCGCAAGCGUCAAGCGCUACGGCGGCGCUCGCCGGAGCCGCUGGGCGCGCCGCCGCUGUCUCCGCUGUCGGCGCUGUCUCCGCUGUCGGCGCUGGCUCCGCUGUCGGCGCUGGCUCCGCUGUCGGCGCUGGCUCCGCUGUCGACGCUCGCUCCCGCCGAGACGGUGUGCUGAUCGUCGGUCGUUGAUAAUUCUCGUUUUUCCCCACCGAUACUGCGCUUUGCGAUUACCACUACUUCUUCGUGGUUACAGUAGAAGAGAGCUAGAUUCCUUAUAAAAAUCGAUGUACCUACUACCUGUUAAUUUGCGACACAGUUACGAUCUUCCGUCGGAGUGACGACCCCGAUACUUAGUCCACCUAGACUACAGAAUUCAGUCUCGUUUAAUCCGAGUCAACGAUGGACUAGGAUGAUUGACGUCUUAUUUAUUUUAUGAUUUUAACGUGUAAAAGCUUAUUCCCUACAUUGAUUUUGUAAGUCAAUUUAAUAAGAGACUUAAUAUGACGUAUAGGUUGUAUGUACAUUUGUAAUUAUUACCUACUUAUCUAUUUAUUUAAGUAGACUAAAUAGAGUUUUGAUCUAAGUUUAUAUAAUUUUGUAAGUAAUGGACAUCGUUGCCUCGUCAGUUAAACAUGAUUCGUUUGCAGACACUGUCGUGUGUCGAAUAUCCCACCUUCGUCGCAAGUCCCGCCGGGGCUGCCUACUAUAUUGUAAUAACAAAUCUAGACACAUAUUCAGUCGUAACGCUGUUUAUCUGAACUAGUGUUGUAAUGUACAUACGUGUAUUUGUGGAUGCCGUGGCGUUUUGUGGUCGCACUGACUGCUUUCCAACGAACAAAAAAAGUCAAUUAACGAUUCGAUGUAAUUGCAUUAAUUUUGGUGUUUCCAAAUAAUACAUUAUUGUGAUACAAAUAAAAAAUGAAUUGCGGUAUGUGGUUAAGGUCAAACACGAUAUCAUUAAUCUUCUCAAAACUUCCGAAAUUGUUGAAUUAAUUAUAAUUACGAUGAAUGUGCCAGGAAGACAUCAGUAGCCGUAACGUUAAGGCCGGCACUGCGUCGAAAGAGGGCAGGCAGACAGUGCGAAAUUACGUUCACCUAAACGCUUUAGGUAUGAGCGGGAAGCAUCCACAACACCGCUCAUACCAUUAUUAUAUUGUAGUUAAUGAUAAGGAUAACGUACAAUUAAAGUUUAAUAAGAAUUCUCGCACUCGGCACUCUAAACUCUGUUUCCCUGAACUUCAGCUACGAGUUCAGUGCCGAAUGCGUGCAAUGAUAUUAUAUACACAAAUAAAAUAAUUUAGAAUUAGUAUUAUAUAAAACUCGACCCGACUUAAGUGAACAAUGUUUUGAAUGGAGUUUUUUUUUCAAGUACAAAUUUUUAUUUUAUUUGUUAUGUACUCUUUUGUUUAUUUUUUUUAUUGUACAUAUGUAAAAAUAUAUUAGAAUAUUAUAUUAUACACAUAUUUAUUUAAGUAUUAUGUGAGGUUCAUGAACUAAGCCAGUAAUUGUGAGGCAAUAGUAUAAUUUAAUUUAGAGUUAUGACAUCUUAUACUAAUUAUACUGAAUGUAACCAAGUGGCACAACGCUAUAUAAGGUGCUCAAAGAAAUAAUUCAUAAUAUUUUGACCAAUCCAACCUUAUUACGUAAUAAGUUUGACAGUAAAUUCCAAAUGUCACUUCAGUCCUAUUUCAUGAAAAUGAAGAAGACACCGGAGAGCAUUAUUCGAAACGGCUGCAAACCUAGCGAGACCACUCGGUUCCUUAGCAAUCCCACCUGAAAACCUAAAAUAUUAUUUAUUGUUCAGUCAUCGCGAAGACUGUCAUUAGUUUUAUUAGGAUUAUUUACAAAUUAAACUAAACGUUAAUUAAUAUUUCUUGCCAGCAUGAUUUUUACACAAUUUUUGUAAACUUUUAUUUAGAGAAAAUUCGUAAUUUUCAAUGUCAUAAGAACCUCCUUAAUUGUAAGUAUAAAAUGUACGCUUUAAAGAAAUUGAAAAGAAUUCACAUAACAAAUAGAUAGGUAGUCUAAUAAGGAGUAGUGUAUGUUCGAGCGAGCGGAUGUGGGCGACGAGGCGCUAGCGUCGCGACGCGCGUACGUAAUUAAUCGUCUUUAGCAACGAGCGUCACCACUCAGGUCACUGCCGGUUAACUAGAUUAAGCUGCGAUGAACGUCACGUCUAUAGUACUUAUUUCGAUUGUUUUAAAUGCAAGUUUUCUAGGUAAACCCGCCUAGCGUUACAUUUAGAUCGUUAGUAUCGACUGUUUGUGCAAUAAAAACACAUUGAUCAUUAUGAUUAAUAUACGUUAAAAUUUAUAAUAUCGUAUGCUCAAUGAUUUCGACUGAACCACUUAAAAUUAUUCGCGUCACCGUGGAACACCGUAAUGUACGUCAUCUGUAGGACAGUUAUCACAGUCGUUUAUAUUAGGAAAAUAGAAGUUUUUAAUUGGAAGAGUACAUUUAUGUUAUAAAAGUUUAGAUUUUGAUUGUUAUUUUAUAUAUUUUUUAGGUGUAAACAAUGUUUUUAAUUCCAACAUUAAUUGAACUUUAUAAAAUAAUGUCUUUUAAUAUAAUUUGUUACAUAUUUGAAAAGAAUAUGCGAAAUGUGCAGUUUUGCAUAUAUUAUAGCAAUUUUUUUUUAAAUAUUGCAAAAUGCAAUUUAUCUUCGACACGAAUAGGAACACAAUACGAAAAAAUCAAAAUAGCUCAAACCAUGUGAUAUCUAGUCUCCAUUAUGACAACCUUUCCGUAAAUAUCGUAAUUUAUUAAAAUAUUAUAGUAGACGUAACCGGAGGAUAUUACACUGGUUAGCCAUUAUUUCUUCAGAUAAGAUCUUCAAUCAAUCGUUUACUUGUUUGAUUACAAGCCCUUUGUUACAAUAUAAUAUUAAAUUUUUAAGAAUUAUACAUAGAGCACUUGAAGUCAUAAACGUUUUCUAUAGACUAAAAUGAAAAGAUAGCAAUAUAUUAGAAUUAUAUAAUAACUUUUAUCGUAUAUAUCAGUUUGUAUAAAAAUAUACGAAAGUAAAUUAAUGUGCACAUUGGCAAAAUACGACUUGGUGAAACUGGGGCACCCAAUGAUAAAAAAUUAGGAGUAAUGCACAAUAUCUCAGCACUAUACCUAAGUGAUAUCAAUUUUUGUCAAAAUCCAAGGUAGGUAGGUAUACCUCUAGCACCAUUAAAGUUAUUUCAUCAAAAACAAUAACUUUGUUAAUAUUAAAACCUUACGCCUUGGUGGAAACAAACCAUUGCACGAGCCACAAUUUUAUAACUUAAAAUAUAACUUUUAAUUUUGUUAGAGUAUUUUUAGUUGUAAGUGUUGAGAACAGUGUUUACUGUGUAAGCACACAAAGGAUUCAAUUCAAAAAAUAAAAUACAAUAACGUUGCUAUGAUUUAA